AUGGGACGAGUGAUCCGUGCUCAACGUAAGAGCGGUGGCAUUUUCACCGCCCACACGCGGCUGAACAAGGCCCCGGCGAAGCUCCGUCCUUACGACUUUGCCGAGCGCAACGGCUACAUCCGUGGCCUUGUCAAGGAGAUCAUCCACGACGCUGGCCGUGGUGCUCCCCUUGCCCGUGUCGCUUUCCGUGACCCUUACCGCUACAAGACGCACACCGAGACCUUUAUUGCUGCCGAGGGUAUGCACACUGGCCAGUUUGUGUACUGCGGUAAGAAGGCUGUGCUGAGCGUCGGCAACGUCCUCCCCCUCAGCUCGCUCCCCGAGGGUACCAUUGUCUGCAACGUCGAGGGCAAGUCGGGUGACCGCGGCACGCUCGCCCGUACCUCGGGCAACUACGCCACGGUCAUCGGCCACACCGAUGACGGCACCUCGCGUAUUCGUCUCCCCUCGGGCGCCAAGAAGACUGUGCCGAGCGCUGCUCGUGCCACGGUCGGCAUUGUCGCCGGUGGUGGCCGUAUCGACAAGCCUUUGCUCAAGGCCGGCCGUGCCUACCACAAGUACAAGGUCAAGCGCAACAGCUGGCCCCGUACUCGUGGUGUUGCCAUGAACCCCGUCGACCACCCUCACGGUGGUGGUAACCACCAGCACAUUGGUCACUCUUCGACCGUCAAGCGCGGCUCCGUUCCCGGUCAGAAGGUUGGUCUCAUUGCUGCCCGCCGCACUGGUCUCCACCGCGGUACCGUCAAGGUCCGGGACGCUUAA